AUGAGUCGUAUGCUUUUUCCACAAGAUUCCAGAUUCUUAAGGGAUUGGAGUGGUCAAACGAUUUCGAAAUUGGCUCUUGAUGAACUACAAGUCGGUUGUAUUGUACGUUGUGUGAUAGCAAAUGAGUUACCGGAUCAUGCAGCAUGGGAAGCACUUUAUUUUGAAAUAGUUAAAAUUAAAAAUGGUACAUUUUGGGGUAAAACAUUAGAUACAUAUCGAUUAGGAGAAGAUGCUAUUGGUUUACCGACGAAUAGAACAUUUACAUUUCGUAAAAAUCAUAUUAUCGAAAUACCUCUAAUGUGGCAAUCAUCGUUUAUUAGAAAAAAAUUAAGUAAAUAUCUUAUGUAA